GUGGAGAGAGCACAUACAAACUGAGAGCACCUGAGACAGUUCUCGGACCUGUGUUGCUGUGGCAUAACUUCCCCAAGUGGCACCCAUUGCUGUUCCCUUACUGAGAUCCAAAUUAGACAAAAGUGACAAGUCUUCUGGGAAGCCCUGCUAAGUCAGAACAGUGUUCUUGUAAGUACCAGUGAGGCCGGAUAUGUAAGGAGGCUCUUCUAGGUUGGCAGGUUGCCCUGAUGUCUGGAUCCAACAUGAUGGCUCCCAUUUGUCUGGUGGAGAACAUCAAUGAGCAGCUCUCAGUAAAUACAGAAGCUCUACAGAUUCUUGACCAGAUUUCUCAGCCAGUGGUGGUCGUGGCCAUUGUGGGACUGUAUCGCACAGGCAAAUCCUACUUGAUGAACUGUCUUGCAGGACAGAACCAUGGUUUCCCACUGGGUUCUACAGUGCAGUCUGAAACCAAGGGCAUCUGGAUGUGGUGUGUGCCCCACCCCUCCAAGCCUAACCACACUCUGGUCCUUCUGGAUACCGAGGGCCUGGGAGAUGUAGAAAAGGGUGACCCUAAGAAUGACUCGUGGAUCUUUGCCCUGGCCGUGCUUCUGAGCAGCAUGUUUGUCUACAACAGCAUGGGCACCAUCAACCACCAGGCCCUGGAGCAGCUGCAUUAUGUGACAGAGCUGACAGAACUCAUCAGGGCAAAGUCCUCCCCUACACCAGAUGGAGGAAAUGAUUCCAUGGAGUUUGUGAGUUUCUUUCCAGACUUCGUCUGGACUGUACGGGAUUUCACCCUGGAGCUGAAGUUAAAUGGUCACCCCAUUACAGAAGAUGAGUACCUGGAGAAUGCCUUGAAGCUGAUUCCAGGCAUGGGUCGAAAAACCCAAAAAGCCAAUCUUCCCAGAGAGUGCAUCCGGCAUUUCUUUCCAAAACGGAAGUGUUUUGUCUUUCACCGGCCAAUAAAUGACAACAAACUGCUAGCCAAUAUUGAGAAUGUUCCAGAAAACCAACUGGAUCCUAAAUUCCAGGAACAAACAAAGAAUUUCUCUUCUUACAUCUUCACCCAGGCGAGGACCAAGAUCCUCAGAGAGGGAGCCAAAGUUACUGGGAAAAGGCUAAAAACUUUGGCAGUGAGUUAUGUGGAUGCCAUCAACAGUGGAGCAGUGCCUUGUUUGGAGAACGCAGUGACAACUCUGGCCCAGAUUGAGAACUCAGUGGCCGUGCAGAAGGCAGCCGACCACUACAGUGAGCAGAUGGCCCAGCAAGUGAAGUUCCCCACAGACACGCUCCAGGAGCUGCUGGAGUUGCACGCAGUCUGUGAGAAAGGAGCCAUUGAGGUCUUCAUGGAGAACUCCUUCAGGGAUGACAACCAGGAGUUCCAGAAGAAGCUUGUGAAAAUCAUAAAGGAUAAGAAGGACAAUUUCAUGCUGCAGAAUGAAGAGGAAUCUGUUAAGUACUGCCAGGCUAAAAUUGAUCAACUUUCAGUGGCCCUCAUGGAAAGUAUUUCAGCAGGAACUUUCUCUGUUCCUGGGGGUCACAAGCUCUACUUGGAAACAAAGGAAAGGAUUGAAGCUGAUUAUUGCAAAGUGCCCAGGAAAGGAGUGAAGGCAAACGAGGUCCUCCAGAGCUUCCUGCAGUCACAGAUGGCAAUAGAGAAAUCCAUUCUGCAGGCAGACAAAGCACUCACAGCUGGGGAGAAUGCCAUGGCAGAGGAGCGGGCCAGGAAGGAGGCUGCUGAGAAGGAGCAGGAGCUGAUGAAACAGAAACUGCAGGAGCAGGAGCAACAGAUGGAGGCUCAGAAGAGGAGUCAUGAGGAACACAUAUCUCAACUGAAGGAGAAACUGAAGCAAGACAGUGAGAACAUGAUAAAAGAGCAGACUAUGAUGCUGGAGCAUAAACUGAAGGUCCAAGAAGAUCUUCUUAAGGAAGGAUUUAAAAGGAAAGCUGAACAAAUGAAUGCAGAAAUAGAUGAGUUGAAAAAUAUGAUUGAUACUACUCAAAAAGAUGAUACACCCUGGGUUGCAGAAGCGUUAGAAAAAUUUGGCAAUGAGAUCACUUCAAUAUUGUCAGCUCCUGCUAAACUUGUUGGUAAUAUUGUGAAAGGUAUAAGUUCGACUACUAAAAAAAAAUUAAUUUUCCUUUUAAAAAAAUUUAUAAAGUGUGGAUACAUUCUUUGGCCUAUUUUGGGUGUGUAUGCUUUUUGUUUUCAUCCAGUCAAAUUUUUAACAUAAAAAGUGCCUACUAGAGGAUAGCAAUGCCUGGCCCACAUUAGAUAGAAUAAAUGCCUGUACACUUUGAUAUAGUGUGUUUACACUUGGAAAUAUACAUGUACAAAUCAUAUUUACAUACAUAUAUAUAUAUACACAUAUAUUGGAACAAAAGUAGGUUUACAAUCUUAUUCACUUUCAAAUACAAUAAUUAAUAAAUAUUUAAUAAUACAAGAAUAAAGUGUAUUUUGUGCAAUUCAAAAGUGGAUACAACUUUAAACCUACUUUUGCCCAACCCUGUAUCUAAGAAAUCCAACAAGACAUCACUUUAAGUGAGAAAAGAUUGGAAACUACAGAAAUAUUCAGCUAUAUUAAUUAGUAAUAUAAAUUUAGUAUGUACGUAUACUUAAUUACUAUGUAGCCACUAAAUAAAUUGAGAGUUGAGCUCUGUUUUUACAAAUAUAGAACAAUCUUGAAAAUAUAUCACAAAGUGAACACAUGGUGUGUCACUGUAAAAGAAUAUAAUUAUUGUGCACAGACAUACAUAUGUUCAUUGAAUGUCUCUGGAAAGAUUAGAAACUAGUGUCCUUGGUAAUUUUGGGGAGAACUGAGUGGCACUGGGGUGGAAAAGAAACAUGCUUUUCAUUUUGUGCACUAACUCUUGAACCUUGUAAAUAAAGCUGUAUUACCAUUUCAUAAACAAAUAAUAAGAAUAUAAAGUAUAACAGUAUUACUACUAAUAGAAGGAAUGUGGAAUUGAUUAUUAGGUGAUGAAGGUGCUCACUGCUUCUAGAAACAGUGAGGGGUCUAAGACUAAGAUCAGAGUAUGUGACAGCACAAAAUUUGCACCCUAAUCUUAUUUGUAUUUUGGCCUUGGCUCUUAAUCCCUUGUAUUUGCUCAAAAACUAAGAUAUAAACUUUCAUGUUGCCCUGGGAAAUUGCAGAAGAGUAUCUUCUACUUCCUGCCUUUGAAUUAUACUCUUAAGGUGUUAGAAGCAAAUUACUAACAUGAGAAUAUGCAAUCAUGAGAGGGAUUGUAUCAUCCUUAAGAGCGCAGUGGUGGGCUCUCUGCUAUAGGCAAGAACAGAAGGCACAUGUGCCCUUGCAGGACUGGGUGGCCUGAUAGUUCUGGAAGUGAUAAACCCUAACACAUGAAGGCCAUCAGGAGCCAGGUACAUUCAAUGAUAGUAAUGAGCAACAUGGUUUGUCUUAGUCAGCUCAGGCUACUAUACCAAGUUGCCAUAGACUGGGUGGGUUAGACAACAAACCUCUAUUUCUCCCAGUUUUGAGGCUGUUCAUCUGAGGUCAAUGUGCCAGCUUGGGUGGGUUCCUGGUAAGAGCCCUCUUCCUGAUUUAAAGAGGACCACUCGCUUGAUGUGUCUUCUCAUGGUAGAAAGAGUGGGGGAAGCUCCAAUGAUUGCUUGCUGUAAGGGCAGUAAUCAGACUCAUGAGGGGCCCCACCCUUAUUACCUAAUUACCUCCCAAUGUACCUACCUCCAAAUAUCAUCACAUGGGGACCUUGGAGGUUAGGGUUUUAACAAAAAAAAUUUUAAGGGAACAAAACAUCCACUUCAAAGCAUGGUUGGAGUCACAGCAAGCUGGGCCUGACCAGAAAGAAUUCUGAAAUGGUGAAUACAACAGGCAUAUGUAGGGUCAUAGGGUUGGGGAAACAACAACCAAAUGAAAUCUAGGUGUCAUCAGGAUGCUGAGGGGUAGUCAGGACAAAAAUAUCACAAUCUCUAACCUUGAUCUGAGCCAAUUUGGGAUUCUGAACCUGUCUUUUGGAGGAUAGGACAAGAUCUCAAGACAAAGAGCCCUGCAACCUUAGGACAAAAAAUAAUAAUACUAAUUUUCCCAGUCCUUCUCUCAGGAUACCUCUGCCCAUUUCCUCAGUACCUGUGUCCGAAGGAAGUGGGAAUGACUAAACAAUUUGAGCACUUGGAAUCAGGAUCCAAGUUGGCAGUGAUACCAGAUAUGAGAAAGACAUCACAGUGUCCCUGUUAAAGUAGAGGCACACAGUGUUCAGAUAAUAAAUGCUGUCUUGGCCCACAGACAGCACAGGCAGAUAAAAGUGAAGUUCAUCUGCUGAUAGGAACCAUUACUUAUACAUAUUUCUGCAUAUCUCCUUGGAGUAUGUUUAGGCACAGGAUGUCCAAAGGCAUCUUCUGGGG